AUGCCCCCUGAGGCGGAACAGAAAAGGAGAGAACCGAUCUCUUUUAUCAACAGUUUUUGGUCAAAAGAUCGGUCGGGCCUGGACAGUUUACUAAAUUAUAUAAAUUCCACACAUAACGAACUCCAGACUUUGUACUCAAUUUAUAUACAAAGGUCCAAAUUGGAGCGUGAGUAUGGCGAAAAACUUCUGGCCAUAUCAAAAGAAAAUGUAAUUCAGGAACAGGACCGCAAAGAAGCGAAUAAGAAAGACAGCAAGGAUAACGAUAAUAAAAAACAUUGCGGUAUACCUGCUGUAUUUGAAACCAUUUCUGCAGAACUACAGCACACUGCUCAAUCACACUUGAAAUUAUCUGCAAAGUUGGACGAACGAGUUGCCACUGAAUUCGAACGGAAAUUAAACGAAUAUAAAGAGUUAUUGGACAAAUGGUCAACUACACUAGAAGAUAUAUACAGUGAGCGUCAGGAAAGAAUCGUUGAACUCAUUAAGAUUCGGACGCAGUAUUUGAAAGAACACGAGUUGUCGAGAGGAAAAAUGACACCUGUUAUGGAAGAAUUAAAAAACCGAUACAAGGACAUGGUAACAGAAGUGGAUGAUAUCGCACAAGAAUGGAAUGCAUUAUGGAAGGAAGCAUGUGAGGUCAUGGAAGCUAUGGAGGAGGACAGAGUAGAACUGCUCAGAACUAAUGUAUGGGAGUAUGCUAAUUUGACAUCAGCGAGCCUUCUAGUGCAAGAUGAAUGGUGUGAAAACAUUCGUCAACAGCUUGAAAUAUGCAACGUCGAGGAUGAAAUAGAAAAAUGUGUAUCUUUAUAUGCUACGGGAUCGAAAGUGCCAAGUACCAAUGACUAUGUAGGAGAGAUGAUGAGGGCAUACAAGAAGAAACAACAUGCGCAAAACCAGCGGUCUACUGCUCCGCUACCGCCAGCCAAACCUAUCCGACAAAAAGAAAAGCCUGAAAAAAGGCCUUCUCUUGACCAGCAAGAUAAAGAAACCAUAUCUCCAAAAGAGCAUAAACAUUGCACUGAAUUGGAAGCUACAGGAGCAAAAGAACCAGUAAAAGAGAAAAUCGCAGAAAGCAACGCAGUCAUUGAAAGCGCAAAUAGUAUGACUAAUUCACCGACAGAUGAUAUGGGAAUGAACACUUCUAUCACGCAGACGAGAGGAGUCAGCAACAAUAUGGGUAGCACAGCUACUAGAGGUCAAAUAAAACGGAAACCACUCAACAAAUCGUUAAUGGAGCAAGUUUCAAAUGAAAUGGCAAAAGCACGGCAACAGAGAGAAAACAGACAAGAUAUUGAGGGUACCUCGCCUAUUUCAUCUAUUUCAGCAAUUGUUGGACAGAAGAAGCUGGAAAUGACCGGAUCAUUAGAUAACUUGCUAAAAUCGUUUGAGACAACUGAAGUGCCCACUAAGAACUGCAAUACCACCAAGCAACCAUCAUUUCCACAGCAACCUCCUGAAGCGCCAGUUAGCGAAGAAGCCAAGAAUCGUAGACAGCCAUCCGAGUACAAACCAGACUCAGGGUCGUUACCUACGAGAGGCUCGAAUGAAGGUACUACGAUGAGUUCGGAAUCUGUGAAUCACUCAAGUGCAGUGAAUGCUCCUAAAUCGCCACGUCCUACAGCACAACAAAUAUUGCCAUCAAACGAUUUAGCUUCUUCGGAGCAACCUGCAGGUUCUACUCAAAAUAUACACCACCAACAGCAACAUUCAUAUAACAAUCAAACAAUGUCAUUAGCACAUAAUGGUGGACACUAUAGUCAAAAUAACUCUUCUUUCAUCCAUCAACAACAGCAGCAACAGCAACAACACUUCGGAGGACAACAGAAAUUAAUGAACCAUCAUCCGUCAGGACACUCCCCUUUGAUGCAGCAUUCACCAUUAAUGCAACCUCAGCGCUCACCUUUAAUGGCACCUAUGCAGGCUGCUCUACCUCUCAUGCAGUCGCAUCACUCACAACCCUCGCCUAUGAUCCAACCUCAGCAGUCGCCCAUGCUCCAACCUCGUUACUCUCCAAUGAUGCAGCCUCAUAGUAUACCUCCACAACAACAGAUGUACGGAACACAACCUAGAGGAACAUUACCCCCACCUAUUUCUAUUCCCAAUACAAAUUAUAUGGUAUCACCACAACCGUCACCGGCUUUGUCAUAUGCAAACUUAGGUGGGGUUUCCCCAGGCGGUGUGCUCCCUCCUCCUGUUACUACUUCACCUUAUACCCAGCCGAUGCAAACGCUAUCAAGACCAUCACAAUAUUCUGAUGGCACACCCAUCCAAUUUUGGGCUCGAGCAAAGUACGAUUAUGUUGCUAAGGAUACGGAUGAGGUUUCUUUUAAAGCCAAUAGCCUUAUUGGAGUGUUAGAGGCUGACAUCACCCAGCAAUCAUGGUGGUUUGGCGCAGUUUUUGACGAACUACGCCAAACAUGGUCCAUUGCUGGAUCCAUUCCAAGUAAUUUUAUGGAAAUGAUACAAUAA